AUGCCGUCCUCUAUAUUAAUUCCCGAAACUAAACAGCUCGACAAUGGUGAUGAAAUUGUUCUCUCUUAUCUCCCUGUCUUAGUCGACAAAACCGAGAAAAACAGCGAAUUCGAAUCAGACUUACCAACUGUCGUAGACAUUGAGCCAGAUCGGUUUUCUUUGGAUGGACAAGGCGGGCCACCCUUAAAACCUAGCAAGACUCACCCAGGCUUAGGAAUUCGAGGGUGGUUUGGAUCAAUAUGGCGUAAAAACAAAGCACCAAUUUUGGUAUUCGCAGCACAGCUCUUCGGGUCGCUGAUGAAUCUCAUUGCUCGCCUACUCGAGGUAGAAGAAGGAGGCAUGCAUCCUAUGCAAAUUCUCUUUGCAAGGAUGAGCAUGACAGUUAUCGGUGCCUCCGCAUACAUAUGGUGGAAGAGAAUCCCGCACGGCGUAUUAGGACAUAAGGAUAUUCGGUGGCUCCUGGUGUUGAGAGGGUUCUCUGGUUUCUUUGGUAUAUACGGUAUGUGGUACUCAGUUAAGUAUAUACCGCUUGCUGAAGCAACCGUUAUUACUUUCCUCGCCCCUAACAUCACUGGGUAUUUGUGUCAUAUAUUCAUGCACGAACCCUUUACGCGAGUUGAGCAGCUCUCGUCGCUUGUGGCACUGGCAGGAGUCGUGCUCAUCACAAGGCCGGCAUCUCUCUUCUCAGAUGCAGCUUCUUCAUCUGCAGCUAGUAAUAUAGUAACGGAAGCCGUCGUAAAUGCUACGGUAGAAGCAACUUCUUACCCUGGUGGAGAGCAUAUCUCAACAAGUGCCGAGCGCUUGAAAGCUAUUGGCGUUGCGCUCUUGGGCGUCCUUGGGGCAGCGGUUGCUUUUACGACAUUGAGAUGUAUCGGAAAGCGGGCACACCCUUUGAUAUCAGUCAACUACUUCAGCUCAUGGUCCUUGAUCGUCACAACCACAACUCUAUCCCUUGCGCCGAUGCUCGACUAUGGACAACCGGAUCUACGUCUUGAACUACCACAUUCGAUCCGCCAAUGUGCGCUGCUCAUAGCGGUCGCCGCAUGUGGUGUAAUUAUGCAGAUACUUAUGACAGCUGGUCUAUCUAUCGAAAAGAGCAACCGUGCAACUGCUAUGACCUACACACACAUGUUAUUCGCGGCGGGUUUCGACCGUUGGGUCUUUGGCAAUAGUAUGGGGUGGAUGAGUCUCACAGGAUGCGGACUCAUUGUUAGUAGUGCAUUAUGGGUUGUUCUUACGAAGAAAGAAACGAAGAAGGGCGAUUAUGAAGAUAUAGAGAGAGGAGACAUAGCUGUUGCAACCUCUACGGAUAACGAAAACGCACCAAUGCUUUGCGAGGAUAUGGAUAGAGAUGCGAAUGAAGAAGAAGGUGUUAUGCUUAAACGACAGUAG